AUGUUCGCCGAGCUGAGGGACAACCGAAGCCCCCCGCGAGGCCGCGCCGCGGCUGUGCGCGCGGGCUUCGGGGAGCGCCGGGAUGCGGACGCCACUGCCCACUUCAGCUUCUGCCGGACCGUCCUGGAGCACACGGUGUCUGCCGAGAGCAUCCCCUGCCACCUGCCUCGGACGCCGGGCACCAGCCUCACGUGGCACGACCCCCGCAGCCAGAGGGCGUGCGGCAGCAGACCCAUCAAGCUCCUGCAGCAGCCAGGCACAGAGGCCCCCCAGGGCCAGCUGUACUCGGACCACUACGGCCUGUACCACACCAGCCCCCCGCUGGGCGGCCUGACACGGCCCGUGGUGCUGUGGACUCAGCAGGACGUGUGCAAGUGGCUCAAGAAGCACUGUCCCCACAACUACCUCGUCUACGUCGAGGCCUUCUCCCACCACGCCAUCACCGGCCGGGCGCUGCUGCGGCUGAAUGCGGAGAAGCUGCAACGCAUGGGGCUGGCGCAGGAGGCCCAGAGGCAGGAGGUGCUGCAGCAGCUGCUGCACCUGCAGGUGCGCGAGGAGGGGCGGAGCCUGCAGCUGCUCAGCCAAGCUUCCUUCGGAAACAUGUCCUAGCUGCUGUUGAGGCUCAAACCCCAGACCAGCACUGUGACUGGAGCCCGUGGCCAGGGACGAAAUGGUGCUGGCAGCUCAGCUCCUGGACCCUGUGGGAUGCCUGGGCAGCAAAGCCCAGUUCUGUGGACAGGCGGGACCAGGGCGCUCAGCUCCAGGUGUUUCUGGGUGGGCACUCCAUGCCUCCAUGCCGCACCCUGGGUUAGGCGGCCCUCCUCUGGGACCGGGGUACGUGCUGCUGGCCGCCUGUGGGGCAGCUCUCGAGCCAGAGGUGGCCAGGUGCCUGCAGUGUCCCAGCACUGACCCGUCUGCCACCCAGCUGGGAUGAACUCCGCCCUCUUAGCUCGGUGCCCCUCCUGUCCCUGCCAGGGCCCGGCAGGCCCAACUCACAGCCCAGAGGAAUGGUCAUCAGAACCCACCGGCUGGCUGCCACGCCCAGCACAUGCUGAAGCUGGCUCCCUGCUCUGAGUUCGUGAGAACUGAGGCCGGGGGGCAUCCAGGCCCAUGAAGACGAAGCCACCAAUGAGGUGACCUCACACGGGGCCCUGGGCUCGGUGCUGCUCCUCAGCCGAUGCCUGGGGGAGUCUUGCGAUCCAGCAUCUUCUGUCCGGGUCCGUGGCACAGACAUUUUCCGUCGUCACUCUCCUGGGAAAAUCUGGAUUCACAGGAGAGGCUGCCCCAAGGGCCUCGCCCCCACGCCUGCCUGCAGGCGCCAGAGCAUCCCCUCCCUGGUGCAGGGCGGCCCUGGCCCGCACACUGGCUUCUCUGCCCUCUCCCACUCCCCCCCAGGGCUCUGAAACGCUCAGGGACAGAUGAGGCUGACCCCAGCCCCUCUGUGUGCCCUGAGCCGGCCUCGGGUGCGAGGUUGGUCAUCGCAGCCGCAGGUCCCGAGUGGCAUUCGGAAAACUGGCCUGGCACCUCCGUCCUGUGCCAUGACCCCCAGCUGCCCGUGUCUCUGUCCCCGACCACCCUGUGCUAUAGGUCUUUCCCCAGGGAGCCCUUCCUGCCGCUACCCAUCCUCCUGCCUCUGUCUUGCCCACCCCAUGCCCCUGUCUUGUCUUGUCUUGCGUUCACUUUUUUAUACUCUGACAAAGAAAAGAAAAAACAAACAGAAAUAAACGUGGUUCU